AUGCACUUCCAGUUACGUGUAUCCACAACUGCCGUCCAUGAACUUCUCUCCACCGACAACUGCGAACUCAAUACCACUUCGGAAGAGGAUAUGCAAAGGAGCAUGGGCAUCUUCGCCGCCGUCGCCGCCGCCUGCGACAACCUCGGCCUGUCCAUUAACAUGACGAAGAGGGUGGUCAUACAUCAACCACAACCCAACGCUGCCUACAAUGCAACCCAAAUGAACUUAAGCGGCGCCCAGCUGCAAGUGAUGGACAACUUCACCUACCUGGACAGGCCCAUCUCCCGUACGACCAAGAGCGACGAUGAAGUGGCCCACCGGAUCUCCACAACCAGCCGAGUCUUCGGCCGUCCAUAUAACACCGUCUGGAACCGUCACGGUCUCCGUCUCAGCAUCAAACAGAAAAUGUGCAAGGCAGUCAUCCUACCGACGCUGCUGUAUGGAGCGGAAACCUGGAAGGUCUACAAGGAGCAGGCGUGGAGACUAAGUCAAUACUACCUCAGCUGUCUUCGACGGAUACUGAAGCUGAGGUGGCAGAACCGGAUCCCCGACAUUGACGUACCGCAGUGGACGGGAAUCCUCGAUAUCUACGUCAUGCUGAGACAACUGCAGUUGCAGUCGAGCGGCCAGCUCGUGCAGAUGGACGACGAGCGGCCACCCAAACGACUCUUCUAUGGAGAUGCCGCCAGGGGUUCCUGCCGCCACGGAGACGAAGUCCGUCGAGACAUGGACACUCUAAAGAACUCGCUGAGGCGUCUGCCGAUCAACUCGAUCAACUUGGAAGACCUCACUCAAGACCGACCGUCCUGGAGGAGUAUAGUGAACACAGGCACAGCGAUCUACGAGGCAAACCACAUCAUCGCCGCCAAAGCCAAACACGAGGCUCGUAAAUCUCAACUGCGCCCAGCCCGCAACGCCAAUGCUCAACCGUCCUCGACCUACCCAGGCUGUCAGCGGACGUUCCGGGCACCAAUCGGCUUUAUGCGACAUCUUCGUGCCAACUGCAGCACCCGAAAUACAUCAGCCGCUGUUCCCGCGCUAAACUCUGUCUCUUCCACCACGCUGACAACUAACACUGACCGCACUCUCGAAACCCCACUAUCAUCCUCCUCCUCCUCCAUCGUAUUAUCAUGUACUGCGCCGGCUCCUUUACUUACCACCCCUGCACACAAUUAA